ACUAGUGUUCAGAAACAGCUGAUCGUGCGAGGCAGAGCAUCACAGUCGCAAUGUCAUCCGAGGAGCUCGCACGGAAGCAGCAGCGCAGGCUGGACGCGGAGCAGCGUGACCCCAAACCCGGCUCACCGGCGCAGACAGGAGCGGACGAAGAGCAGCCGUCGCCGGUGAGACCCAGCACUGCCGUGAACGGCGACGCCAGCUAUGAACUGACGGAGAAACUCAGCCGCAGGCUGGACAUCCAUGAGGGCACGGCGAAACCCAAGCAGAUGAAGGUUUUCAACCCCUACACCGAGUUUAAAGAGUUCUCGCGCAAACAGAUCAAAGACAUGGAGAAAAUGUUCAAGAGAUUUGACUCUGGUAAAGACGGCUUCAUUGAUCUGAUGGAACUGAAGCUGAUGAUGGAGAAACUUGGAGCUCCACAGACUCAUCUGGGCUUGAAGAACAUGAUCAAGGAGGUGGAUGAAGAUUAUGACGGCAAACUCAGUUACAGAGAGUUCCUGCUGAUCUUCCGGAGGGCCGCAGCAGGUGAGCUGCAGGAAGAGAGCGGUCUGAUGGCUCUCGCUCGACUUUCAGAGAUCGACGUCUCGACUGAAGGUGUUCUUGGAGCCAGAGAUUUCUUUGAGGCAAAGGUUCAGGCUCUGUCUAUGCGCAGUAAGUUUGAAGCAGAGAUACGAGAAGAACAAGAAGAGAAGAAGAGGAUGGAACUGGAAAGACAACAACGGCGUGCUGCAUUUAAAGAGCUGCAGUCCACAUUCUGCUCCUAAAACUACAGUUCAGCAGAUCUACGCCUUUUAGAGAGCACAGUUUACUUGCACACAAGCACAUACACACAUGCACACACUGCUUCUCAUACCUCACACCUAUGUGUAAUCAAAACCACAGCCGAACACUGAACAAGUAGCAUUAGCAUUAUAAAAUAUUCAUGAGGAAUUUGUUUUGUGGGUGACGAGAUGACGCGAGUGAAAUUUCAGGAGACUUCAAAUGUAGGACUUGAACUCUAAUAGACUAGAUUGUGUUUCUAUUUUAAUCUAAGCAACUAUAUAUUUUUAGAAACAAAAAAGUUUAUAGUAAAGUUAUUCAGUGUUAAUCAUAAUUUUAAAUACAUGCAAAGAUGGUGUCGUGGACUAAAUAUUGAUUAUGACCAACUGAGAAAAAAGAAACCAUGGAAAUAAAGGGUCAAGAAAUAUGUUUUUUUUUUUUUAUAUAUAGAUUUUAAUCAUGCAUUUUGUUCCGUUUUCUUUUUUUGUUAACUGUUUUCUACAUAUUUGUCAGCUAAUUAUUGCUGUUAUUUUUUGUUUAAUUGUAUUUGAUCAGAUGUUCAUAAAAAUCUACCUGUAACUCUAGUGUUUUGCCAAUUACUUAAAGCCCAUUAAAUUACUGUAUUUUUAAAAAAAAAAAUAUUUUUGCAUGUUUUUUAAAAUUACUUUAAAAUAACAUUUCAGUGAACCUACAUUAUAUUUAUAUUUACAUUAUGCCUACAUUAUAUUGCAAUAUAUUUAUCAGGAUAUUAUUAUAUUGUAUUAUAUAAUUUUAUUCAUUUGCAUGUCUAACCCUAUUAUAGGCCCUAUAUAUAUAUAAUUCCAUAUGUGCAAAUUGUAAUAAUUGUUGUAUCAGUGGCAUUUCUUUUCUCUAAAGAGCCAUUAGAUGGCAGCACAGGAAUUGGUCAACAACACAUGCAAAAGAAGUGGUUAGACAUGAGACAUAAGUUGUGUUAACUAUGUAAUAUUUACUGCUAAUAAAACAUAAAAUGUUCUAUAAGGAUUAAAAACCCCAUCACAACAUUUUCACAGAUAUUUUAAUCCAGUCUUGUGUUCCACAUAUCAAAAUAAAGACAUUUCUUUUACAGAUCA